AUGGCGUCGAAUAGGGUGAUAAGUGAUAGUGAUAAGGCCUAUAGUGAUCAUGUGCCGGUCGUUUGUGGAUUGAGAGUAAAACUGAAGAAUAUCACCCACAGGAAAAARGCUCCAAAAAGAGAUCUCCGAUUGCUCAGGGAAGACAAGAAUGUUAGAUCGAAAUUCCAAGAGGAAGCAUUUCCGAAGAUAGAAAUCGUUGAGAGAAAUCAGAGAAACUCGGAGGAAACAUACAGUGCUUUGCAAGACUUUCUAGUGAACUCUGUUGAGAAGGUGGUACAAAAAGAACAGAAAGUGAAACUGCUUUCCAAGAAAAAGCGCAUCUGCUCGGCAGCUAGCUGCAUUCAGGCAAAAGAUGGAACAGUAUUGUUAGAGAAAAACAAAAUCUUGGAAAGAUGUGAAGAAUGUGUCAGGGAUCUGUACGAUUAUGAUAGAAACGAAACACCACUGCCAUCAAAUAAUACAGAUGGACCUCCUAUUCUAAAGGAAGAAGUAAGGAGUGCGCUCAACAAAAUGCUUUAUGGAAAGGCACCAGGACCAGACCUAAUCCACACAGAAAUGAUGGAAGCUCUAGAAGACUUAGGAGUAGAAAAGAUUACACGAUUGUCUAACCUGAUAUACCAGGAAAGUCAAAUUCCAGUUAAAAUGUGCAAGUCCAUCUUCAUCACCCUGCCCAAAAAACUUGGUGCAAAUAAAUGCGAAUUGCAUAGAACUAUCAGUUUAAAGAGCCAUGUUACCAAACUGGUGCUGAGGAUCCUUCUUGAGCGAAUAAAAGGUCGUACAAUUGGAGAAAUGGCCGAUGAGCAAUAUGGUUUCUCACAGGACAAGGGCACCAGAAAUGCCAUCUUUAUCAUGCGGAUGCUGUCGGAAAGAGCCAUAGAGAUGCAGCAUGACCUCUACCUGCUUUAUAGAUUACACAAAAGCAUUCGACACUGUGCGGCACAACCUCCUCUUUGA